GGGGCUCCGUCAAGGAUAACCUCCCCACACCGACUCUACGACGAGACAGCAAGAUGGCGACGGCCCAGCGAGUCGCCGUGGAGGCGAGGCUGACGCACUUCCGGUCCCUCCCUCUAGCCUCGCGUACUUCCCGCCCCUCCCUAGAACAAGGCGGUACGCUACACAGUUGCCUUGGCAGCGGCACGGACGCCCACCUAAGGGUGUUCAGGCAUCCCAGGGGCCGCGGGUGCUCCAGGGGGACGUUCUGGGAGCCGACCAGAUACCAAAGCUGAGGCUGCGACGCCGGAGACAAGGAUGGGAGGGCCGCUUGUGGCCAGCCCUGUACCAGAGCCAGGAGGACAGAAGCCCGGAAGCCAGAUACCUGCAUGAGCACCAGACCCCACAGUAUAGUCCAAGAGCUGGACAUAAUCAGUCACUUCAGCUUCAUGGGCAAACAUCUGUGAGAGGAGCUGUGGGGAUGGCACACCUACUGGGCAGCCAGGCCUGUAUGGACAGCCUACACAAGGACCUCACCGACCUGCAGGGUACCAUUGUGGAUGUGUUCUCCCGUGCUGGGCCUGUGCGCUUCCCCUCCUGGAAGUUCCCUGACCGUAUGGCUUGUGACCUCGACAUGGUAGCCCUACUGGAGCACUAUGACCAUGUGCCAGGUGACCCUGAGUUCACACAGUUGUCUCAUGCUGUGCUGCUGGAACUGGUCAUUGACAGGCUCCUGUUGCUGCUUCAGAGCUGUGCCAGCUACCUGGAAAACCUCAGUUUGGAGCAGAUGAUACCACCUGCCCGGGCUGCUGGGCCAUGCAUGUCUGUGGGGCUCACAGUCCGGCGCUUCUGGAGCAGCCUCCUGAGACUGGGCAUGCUUUACCAGCAGGUAUUCCCCCAGAAAAGGUCAAACCAAGGGGAGAUUUCCACCUCCAAGCCCACAGCUAAGGGUGAACCAGCCAGGAGCCCUGAAUGCAUGACUGCCAAGUUCAUCAAGCCUCCCUCCCCAGUGCCAGGCUUGUCCCUGGUCUGCCAAGGGCUGCAGAGCAUCCCUGUGAGAGUCUCCCUGCAGGACCCAGCUGGGACAUCUGAAAAAACCAAAAGCGUCCAUUCCCAGACCAUCGAGACAGCCUUGGUACCCUGUGAUGCUUGCACCAGCGUCCAGGGCAGCCUGUGGGAGGUAGGCAAGGUGGUCAUCAGCCUGUGUCAGAGCCAGAACUUGCCCUCAUCCUUGGGCCAGUUCCAGAAGCUGGUGCAGGACAGCAUGGGGUUCAAGCCACUGCCAGCCACCACCAUGGGCCACUGGGCAGCAGAGCAGAGCAAAGACCUGACGCGCCUCAAUAAGCAUGUAGGGGCCCUUACUCAGCUUGUUGGGCCCCUAAAGGCCCAGCUGGAGGAGGCUGAGGGGCAGAAGGAUGGACUGAGGAAGCAGGUGGGCAAGCUGGAACAGGCCUUGUGGCAGGAGCAGGUGGAGCGGCUGCGGCAGACGGAGGAGGCUGAGCGACACCUGGCCAAGUGGGAGCAUGACAGGCAACAGCUGCUCACAGAAACAUGUGACCUAAAGACAAAGGUGGCCACUCUGGAGGGAGAGCUGAAGCAGCAGCAGAAGUCCAUGCAGGCUGUGGAGGCAAAAGCCCAGCAGCUGGAGUCAGAAGGUGAGCGUAGGGUGGCAGCUGAGAAGCAGGUACAACAGCUGGAGGAGCAGGUACAAGUUCUGGCAGGGCGGCUGGAUGGGGCUGGCCAGCAGAUCUGCUGGGCCAGUACAGAACUGGACAAGGAGAAAGCCCGCGUCGACAGCAUGGUCCGCCAUCAGGAGUCCCUGCAAGCCAAACAGCGGACUCUGCUACAACAGCUGGACAGUCUGGACCAGGAGCGUGAAGAGCUGCGGGGAAGUCUGGAUGAGGCUGAGGCACAGCGGGUCCAGGUGGAGGAGCAGCUGCAGAGCCUACGGAGUGAUAAGGAGCAGGGACAGUGCCAGCUACAGGCCCAGCAGGAGCUGCUGCAGAGCCUGCAGAAGGAGAAGCAGGACUUGGAGCAGUCAACUACAGACCUGCAGCUGACCAUCUCAGAGCUACAACGGGAGCUGGAGGAGUUCAGGGAGCGGGAGCGACUCCUCGUGGCCUUCCCAGACCUGCACCAGCCCAUGGAGGCCCAGAUCCAAAGCUCCGGCAGUAUCACCCAUGACAUGGAGAGGCAAGUACAGGCCAAUGACAUCCGUAUCCGGGUACUGCAGGAAGAGAACGGGCGGCUCCAGGCAAUGCUGACCAAAAUCCGAGAAGCAGCUGAACAGGGAGGCCUCAAGUUGAUCCCACAGGGCCAGCUCUGGUCCUCUCUCUAUAAGGGCAUCCAGGGAACAGCACCCUCAACUUGGGCUCCAAGUGCAUCCCCAGGGCCUAUAGGCAGACGGUAUUCUCCUGGCAGCAGGACAAACAGUGCAGGCAGGAUCCAGCCAGGCCGGUGGUCCCAAGCAUCCCCAUCUCAGCAGUCCUGCAGCUGGCCCAGCAAGUCUUCCUUGGAGAAUGGUCCCCAGAACCCCACGCAUGCCUUGACCAGGCUGAGGAGGAAACUCUCACCAAACCGAGGCCAGGCUGGCUUUACAUACCAGCCCCAGGAAUGACCCAUGUAGUCUGCAGCAGGAGUAGGGCUAGAGGGCAGGUGGCUAGCAACCUCCCAUGGAAUAAAAGCCCCAGCCAUCUG